AUGGGAGCCUUGUUCUUCAGUUCUCCCUCAUUUGCAACCAAAAGGGUAGUCAAGUUUUCAGGUUGGUGCGAUCAUUUGAAGAGGAGGAAGAGUGUAGUGCAUUGCCAAACAAGUGGGAAUGGGGUUAGAUCAAGUGGGGUUUCUUCUGUUUUAUCAGAGAGAUCAAUGUUGGCCAGCAAAGAUCAUAGUGCUGGAAGCUUGGUUUUGUCUCCAAAUGGGAAGGACUUGGUGCCUUAUGGUCCACCAAGUCCAAGUACUACUCCAUUUGUGGAAAUGAAUGAUGGUAUUGGAAUUGACAAUUUUCUUAGAGGAAAAAGUUUUCUCAUCACUGGGGCAACUGGGUUUCUAGCAAAAGUUCUCAUUGAGAAGAUUCUGAGGACAGAACCGGAUGUUGGUAAAAUAUAUCUCCUAAUCAAGGCCAAAAACCAGGAAGCUGCAAUGGAAAGACUAAAAAAUGAAAUCAUAAAUGCAGAGGUCUUCGAUUGUCUCCAACAAGCCUAUGGAAAAUCUUAUCAAGCUUUCAUGCUGAGCAAGCUGGUUCCUGUGGCGGGAGACGUAUGCGGAUCUAGUCUUGGAUUGGAGAAAGACUUUGCUGAAGCCAUUGCCAAAGAAGUCGAUGUAAUUGUAAACUCUGCAGCUAAUACUACUUUUGAUGAAAGAUAUGACAUUGCAAUCGACAUUAAUACGAAAGGACCUUGUCACCUCAUGAACUUUGCCAAGAACUGCAAGAAACUUAAGCUCUUCCUACAAGUAUCAACAGCUUAUGUUAAUGGACAAAGACAAGGAAGAAUCAUGGAGAAGCCAUUCUGCAUAGGAGAUAGCAUAGCAAGAGAGAGUAAUAUCUCUGAAGCACCACCAAGGCUCCUUCCUACACUGAACAUUGAAGCAGAAAUCAAGUUGGCUUUGGAUUCAAAGGAAGCUUUUAAAGGCAGUACAUUGGCUCAAAAAAUGAAAGAACUAGGUUUAGAGAGGGCAAAGAAGCAUGGAUGGCAAGACACUUACGUGUUCACAAAAGCCAUGGGAGAAAUGGUGAUUGAUCAAAUGAGAGGUGAAAUACCAGUAGUCAUAAUUCGUCCCAGUGUCAUUGAAAGCACUUGCAGAGAACCAUUCCCGGGCUGGAUGGAAGGCAACAGGAUGAUGGAUCCCAUAGUUCUCUACUAUGGAAAAGGUCAGCUCACUGGUUUUGUAGCAGACCCCAAUGGCGUCCUGGAUGUAGUACCGGCAGACAUGGUUGUGAACGCGACACUGGCAGCCAUGGCAAGGCAUGGAGGGUCUGGAAAAGCAGAAACCAACAUCUACCAGAUUGCUUCAUCUGUAGUAAAUCCGUUAAUUUUCCAAGACCUGACCAGCCAUUUCUAUGAGCACUUCAAGUCAUCGCCAUGCUUGGACAAUAAGGGGAACCCAAUCCAUGUUCCCAUCAUGAAACUCUUCAGCUCCAUAGAAGAUUUCUCCUCCCACCUCUGGAGAGAUGCCAUUCUUAGAAGUGGGUUGUCUGCUAUGCCCUCCCAAACUGGAAAGCUGUUGCGGAAACUCGAAAAAACUGUGAAGCAAGCCAAGUACUUGGCCGACAUAUAUCAGCCAUACACAUUCUAUGGGGGAAGAUUUGAUAACAGCAACACACAGAGAUUGAUGGACUGCAUGUGUGAAGAAGAGAAGAGCAAGUUUGGAUUUGACGUUGGAAGCAUUGAUUGGAAGGACUAUAUCUCAAAUGUCCACAUUCCUGGCUUGAGGAGACAUGUUAUGAAGGGCAGAUGA